GAACUUAAAUGGGAUCAUGCUGCACUAGUUCUUAAGGACAGGAAAAGAAUUGUCAGAUCAUCUUAUAAACAUAAAUACAAAAUACUAUCAUUUCUGAGUAUGAUCUUAAAUAUCAUAAACAAAUUCAAUUCAUCUAGGGUAGGAUUGCCAGUUAUAUUUUAGCAUGUGCUAGAGGAUUUCUGGUGAGGAAAAGAUAUUAGAGUCUUAUUCAGAAGUUGCGAAAAUAGAAAAUGGUAAAAAAAGAAUAAAACCACUAUUCUAAUGAGUUAAGUUUCAAGGACUCCUCACCCUUCCAAGACACCAAAAUCACUCAUAUGCCUAAAAGUCAACAUCAACAAGUCUAUAGGGUGAAGAAAUUAGCAAAAGUACCUGAGUAUUUAAGCAAUAGAGUAAACAAGGUAAUAUGACAUUUUAUUUUAAUUGAAAGAUUCUGUAAUUAUAUACAACAUUUUAAUAUGACAGUGAAGAAGACAAUAAAUUUAAUUUUCCAAUAUAUUAACUUGAUGAUGGUUGCAUUUACCACGGAUAGUGGAAGAAUGGGUAAGCAAACUAUUUAUUCAGUCAUAGACAUGGAUGCGGAAAGUAAUAUUGGUUAAAUGGGACAUUUUACGAAGGAUAUUGGGCAUUCAAUAUGUUUGAUGGUCGUGGUAGAUUGGUUCAUAGUGAUGGCAACAUUUAUGAAGGAGAAUUUAAAAAUGAUAAAGCUUCUGGUGAAGUAAAUAAAUCAUUCAUUUCUAGGGGAUAUAUUACAGUAUUGAUGGAUUGAAAUACGUAGGACAAUGGGAAAAUAAUGUAUAAAAUGGACACGGAAUGGAAAUAUGGCAUGAUGGCACUACUUAUGAUGGAGAAUAUAAAAAUGGACUAAAAAAUGGAUAGGGAGUAUUCAAAUGGUCAGAUGGGUCAAUGUAUACAGGAUAACUCAUCGAUGGCAAUCUUGAAGGAAUCGGAUAAUUAAAAUGGGAUGAUGGUAGAGUCUAUGAGGGAUCUUGGAAGAAUAAUUGUAUGCAUGGACAUGGAGUACAAAACAUCUUAUCAUAUUUAGUAAUUUAAAUGGCCAGAUGGGAGGAAAUACGAAGGACAAUACAAUAAUGGAAUUAAAGAGGGAGUGGGAUAAUUUGAAUGGCCUGAUGGUAGAGUAAUAAUUAUAUCUUUAAUUUUAGCUGUAUAAAGGAGAAUGGUUGAAUAACAAAUAACAUGGUAUAGGUAUUUAUUUAGGAUACAAUGGAAUCGAAAAAGAAGGAGAAUGGUCUGAUGGAAAACUUGUCAGAUGGAAUAAAGGUAAAGCAAGAAUGUCAAUAAUUUGA